CUCUCUUUGAUUUAGAUACCCCUGCUGUUUACUCGGAUAUCGUGGUGAUUCACUCACCCUCUUUGUUGUCUCUAAUUGAUUCCUAUCAGCGACGGGAAAUUCCCCAAUACGCAGAAUUUAACUCCCGAGUCAAUCCACAACUUUCACCACCUGGAAGUAACACACUCGACGAGCUUCCCCGCAUCCACUACUACACCUUUCCUCCCACACCACUACCUUCUCUACACCACCAGACAGAAUACACCAGCACCCUAAGGAAAAACUAAAGAGCAAAGAUGCAAGCCGUCCCCGAAUCCCGCCAACAAACCUUCGAGGAGAUCUACGGCCCUCCGGAAAACUUCCUCGAGAUAGAAGUCCGAAACCCCCAAACACACGGCACCUCACGCAACAUGUACACAUCCUACGAAAUCGUCUGCCGAACCAACAUCCCGGCCUUCAAACUGAAACAUUCCGUCGUGCGCCGCCGAUACUCCGAUUUCGAGUACUUCCGGGAUAUACUCGAGCGGGAGUCGACGAGGGUCACGAUCCCGCCGCUACCGGGAAAAGUAUUCACGAAUAGAUUCAGUGAUGAUGUGAUUGAGCAUCGACGGGAGGGGUUGCAGCGGUUUUUGCAGAUUGUUGCGGGCCAUCCGUUGUUGCAGACGGGGAGUAAGGUGUUGGCGAGUUUUGUUCAAGAUCCGAAUUGGGAUCGGAAUGCGUGGUAG